UUGAAGGUAGUUGCCAAAGUUGUGAGUCCACGGGAGCGAGCGCUGCCGUGGAUUAUUACACCGGCCAGGGGGAAGAGGCAGGAGGGGAAAGACGGGGACCUGACAAGUGGAGAAGGAGUUUCACAACGACAGUAAAAGUUGACGGGGAUUUAACCUCAACACAGGAGCGUGUUUUCUCUCUUUUUUCCCACCUCCUCGCACGGACUGUGUCACACUCCCGCCAGAGAAGGUGUGCUCAUGAAGCCAUGCUGAUAAACAUCUUCCUCUUGCGGUGAGCUGCCUGGUGGACAGUCAGAGGCGUCAUGGCUGAACUGCCAAUUGCCCCGGGACAGUUGUACAUCGAGGUGGAGUACGACUAUGAGUACAAAGCCAAGGACCGCCUCAUCACCAUCCGGCAGGGGGAAUGCUACAUGCUGGUCAAGAAAACCAACGAGGACUGGUGGCAGGUGAAGAAAGAGGAGGGGACUAAAGCUUUUUACGUACCUGCUCAGUAUGUCCGAGAGGUCCGCAAAGCCCUCAUGCCGCCACCUAAAUCAGCCCUGCAUCCUCCUGCUGCCGCCAGCAACGCACCUCCCCAGGGUGGGGGUGCGAUCUGGGUAAAGCCAACCAACCUGGAGCUGGGACUCCAGGAUCGGCCCGGCGAGAACCUUCACAGACAUGAGUCCAAAAACCGCCGCUCGCCCUCUGCACAAACUGCCUCUUCGGGUCACUUUAGCCCCCCCAGCCAACGCAGGAACAGCAACCACCUUUACCCACCCAGCACCCCCACAGACCACGACCGAGCCCCACCCGAGAUUCUCGUCCACGGCGGAGCUCUCCUGCCUCCCCACAAAGGAGGGUCUCUGCCCCGCGCCCGAGCCCGAUCCCCAGAGAUGGUCAGGGCCCCGCUGGACGUGGACAGCACCCAACACUGUGACUCUGCUGGGGAGGAGAGACGCACCAACGACUCCGAGUCCGGAGACGAGCUGAGCAGCUCCUCCACCGAGCAUCUCCAGACGGUGUCUUCAUCAGGCCACGGCCGCCCCGAGUCGCCCGUCUACACCAACCUCCAGGAGCUGAAGAUCACCCAGACCAACCUGCCCCCUCUGCCCUCGGGCUCCCCGCUCCACGUGCUGGGCGACUGGGAGACCCACAGGGACCAGAACGGCAGGCACUUCUACUACAACCGCUCCACCCAGGAGAGGACCUGGAAGCCGCCCCGAGCCAGGGACGCCAGCAUCGGGAACUCCAGAGGAGAGAGCCACAGCACGGGGGAUAGCUCCGAGACCACUCCUCUCUCGCUCUCGCCGUCUUUCCUUCCCUUCCUCUCGCUCUCCAUCGGCCGACUUCAGCCUCUGUCGUCGGAGGACACCUGCUUCAGUACCUACUCUAGCCAGUCAGACAGUCAGUAUGGCUCGCCGCCACGCGGUUGGUCGGAGGAGAUGGACGAGCACGGCCACACGCUGUACGUCAGCGACUAUACCAACGAGAAGUGGUUAAAACACGUCGAUGACCAGGGCAGACCUUAUUACUACAGUGCAGACGGCUCCAGGUCAGAAUGGGAGCUGCCGAAGUACAACCACUCCCCUCCACAGCCGUCUGGAGAUGCUCCAAAAAGUCGCAGUCUGGACAGGAAGCACAUGGAGCCCAUCGUCCUGACCAAAUGGAGACACAGCACCUACAUCCAAGAGCCCAACGACAAGCGGCUGUCAAAAACCAGGCGUUUCCGCACCGGCUCCGCCCGCCAACACCCGUACAAACACAAAGACGCUCCUCCUCCUCUGGGUCCCAAGCCCCCCUCUCCUGACUCUGACUCCUGCCCUUCGUCUCCCAAGCCCCCCGCCUCUCCAUCUGAAAAGUGUGGAGUCCUGAAUGUGACAAAGAUCACUGAGCAUGGCAAGAAAGUCCGGAAGAACUGGACUUCUUCCUGGACAGUCCUCCAAGGAUUUACGCUGCUGUUUGCCAAAGGACAAGGAGGUGGAACCAGCUGGUUUGGAGGCAGUCAGUCCAAACCAGAGUUCACCGUAGAUCUGAGGGGCGGCUCGGUGGAAUGGGCGUCCAAGGACAAAUCCAGCAAGAAGCACGUUAUAGAGCUGAAGACUCGACAGGGCACAGAGCUGCUCAUCCAGUCAGAAAACGACGGCGUCAUCACCGACUGGUACCGAGCGCUGCAGGACACCAUCAGCACCCACGCCUGGGAGUCUGAUGAGGCCAUCGAAGAAGACAUGCCCGAGUCGCCUGGUUUUGAAAAACACGACAAGGAGAAAGAGCACAGAGACUCAAAGAAAAACAGAGCAGCCAUGAAGACCUCCACCAGCAUGGACGCGUCCGACAACAAGAAGACCAGACACAAGCUGAAGAAGUUCCUCACCCGGCGCCCGACCCUGCAGGCCGUCAGAGACAAGGGCUACAUCAAAGAUCAGGUGUUUGGCUGCAGCCUGUCCAAUUUGUGUCAGAGGGAGAACUGCAACGUGCCGAGCUUUGUAAAGAUGUGCAUCGACCAUGUGGAGAACAGCGGUUUGUGUGUAGACGGGUUGUACAGAGUUAGUGGAAACCUGGCCGUCAUACAGAAACUACGCUUUGCUGUCAAUCACGAUGAGAAGGUGAACCUGGCAGAUGGGAAGUGGGAGGACAUCCAUGUGACCACUGGAGCUUUAAAGAUGUACUUCAGAGAGCUGCCAGAGCCUCUCUUCACCUACACUCUCUUCUAUGACUUUGUCAACGCCAUCAAGAUACCAGACUACAAGCAGCGAGUUCAUUCCAUCAAAGAUCUGGUCAGACAGCUGCCCAAGCCCCACCAUGACACCAUGCAGGCCCUCUUCAAACACCUCAGGAAGGUGAUCGACCACGGCGAGGAAAACCGUAUGACCACCCAGAGCGUGGCCAUCGUGUUCGGUCCCACGCUGCUGCGGCCUGAAACGGAGACCUGGAACAUGGCGGUCCACAUGGUCUACCAGAAUCAGAUAGUGGAGCUGAUACUGCUGGAGUAUGAGAACAUUUUCGGAAGGUAGACAAAGGCGCCAAGAGGAUAAGCCUAUGUUGUUGUUUUUCGUUUGGUUUUUUCUCCCCCUCACCCAACGCAGAGCUCUUCCUAACCCAGCAUGGCCCUGCCAAAAAACACAGCCCGGCUCGGUUCGGCCCCAGGACUGGAGAACGGGCAGCUUCUCUUCAUCUCAACCUGUGGGUCACUGGCUUCUCCGAUCUUGAAACUCUGGACCAAAGCCAACGCAAAUAUGUCUCAUAGACCAAAAAAAAAAAAGGAAAGAAAAAAACAAAGUAAAAAACAUAGAUGUACAACUAACUAGCGACCAAAAAGUUUAGACUCUUUGCACUUUUCAGUAUCUCAUUAUCUCCUGCAGCUGCAUUUGUGCCACUUUACUGCAAAGGUGACGUCCUCGUGUCCUGACACUGGAUUUUCUGAAACUGAUAACACACGUGGCCAAACGAGCCUCGACUACUGCACCGACUGACGGAGGCCAAAGGAGCUGCAGAAGAACGAGCCUCAGUACUGGUCUAUUACAGAGGAGGAGGGGUCAGUAUUGGAGGUCAAUGAUGCUGGACACAGCCUGUACGUACUGUAGUGUUCUGCAAAAUCUCAUCACUUAUACAGACUCAUCGCUGCUGUAUGCACCACACUGGGGAACUAACAGAAGAAACCAAACUGCUCUCUACCCUCGGCUUGGCUUUAGGCACCAAGAGGUGAAACAAGUAGAAGCUGGAACAAGGAGAAGAAGGGAUAUGGAGGUUCUUUUUUAUUUAGAAACGGCUCUUACUGUACUGAUCAUGUUCUCUCUUUCCUUUUCUUUUUAUUUUAAAUGUUUUGCUCUCUCUCUCCCUCUCUCUCCCUUUUUCCUCCCUGAAAUACUGGACCGAGGUCCUCUGAACACAUAAGAGGUUAUCGCCGCUCUCUGUAUUAUAUCUGCAUGCCACUUUCUCCAUUUUAGAACAAAUCAUCCUGCAGCGGUCAGAACAUUAACUUCAAAACAAACAAACGGUACUCCGCUGUUUCUAUCCUCGACUAAUGGAUAUAAAAUGUUAAGGCAAACAGCCUUUAAACAUGUCUCCAUUGAUACAUUUGUACAGUGUUUAUGUGUGUGCAUGUGUGGACGAAGGGGGGUGGGGGUGGAUGAAUGGAUGAAUGGAUUUACUGACGAUAUAUUGUACAAAUAGUAAAUAUAAGUACUUAUGCCUGGAGUGUUAAAAAAUAAGAGGGAGGAAUCACUAUUCUGUGAUCAUCGAGUAACCAACGUGACGAAUAAAGUUAUGAACUGGGGAUGUGGAUUACCUGUGAAUCAGGUAGAUGGAGGAUUGUGAAUGUAACUUUGCAAAGUAAAUGCUGUUGGCUUUAUCAAACUGGAAUAAAGACCUCUAAUAAGAGGAAAUAUACUUUA